AUGAGAGGCGUGACUGACAUUCAUGAAUGGAGAGAUGCAUCGGAAGGACUUAAAGAAUCAUGUUUGGGACAAGCCGACAUGGAAUAUGAGGUUUUGCCAGUUCUCUUGUAUAGUUAUCAUCGGUUGAGAGAUCCAAGGCUAAAACGUUGUUUUUUGUACUGCUCCUUGUAUCCUGAAGAUUAUCAUUUUCGUAGAGAGGAAUUGAUUCGAAAUUUCAUUUCAGAAGAGCUGAUGGAGCGAAGAUUAAGCUGGCAAGCUGAAGUCGCCCAGGGUCAUGCAAUACUAAAUCAAUUGGUGAGAGCAUGCUUAUUGGAAAGUGAUUCAGAUACAUAUGUAAAGAUGCAUGAUUUAAUCAGAGACAUGGCAAUACGGAUCACUAAAGAUAACCCGAGGGACAUGGUAAAAGCUGGACUUCACUUAGAGGAUCAAGAUAACCCGAGGUACAUGGUAAAAGCUGGACUUCACCUAGAGGAAUUACCGGAGGCUCAAGAGUGGACAGAAGAAUUGGAUAAGGUUUCAUUGAUGGAUAACUAUAUAAGGGAAAUUUCACCUGGCACGUCACCCAAGUGUCCAAGUCUUUCCACCUUGAUCUUGAGAGGAAAUCCUCUGCGGCUGAUUCCAGAAUGUUUCUUUAAGCAUAUGUGUGGGUUACGCACUCUCAAUUUAAGUUUCACUGAAAUUGAGAGCUUGCCAAAUUCCAUAUCAGACUUGGAGAAACUUAAUGCAUUAUUGCUCAGAGAUUGUUCGAAACUGGUAUCAGUGCCAUCAUUAGAAAAACUCAAGGUAUUGAGACGUUUGGAGCUCUCAGGUGCUAUUAUUGAAGAAGUACCCCAAGGUAUGGAAAGCUUAACCAACCUCAAACGCAUGAGUUUGAUUUGUCAUCACUUAAAGAAGAUACCGAAGGGGAAUUUGUAUAGACUUAAACAACUUCAGCAGCUCGAGUUGCCAAAUCAUUUAGAUGCACCAAUAGAAGAUGUUGAGGCAUUGAAACAGUUGGAAGUAAUUCAAGUCAGGUUAAAUAGCGUACGUGAUCUCAAUCGGUUAAUCAACUCACGACAAAUUGACAAACAACUCCAUUUCUACAAAAUUAUAUUAGGUUCUCGAGGAAGCACAGAACUAAUGCAUUUCAGUUAUCUAAGUAAAUGUUUAUUUUUUGAAGAAAACAGUUUCAUGGAAUCCUCUUUAGAUACAGAUGAGAAUAUGCUGCCACGAGACAUUGAGAAUUUAUUCUUUUCAAGGAGUGGCUUGAGUGGUUGCUUAUUAGAUGAAUUUCCAAGUUUAAAUUAUGCUAGAGAUUUAAAAGAAUGCCGCAUAAAAGAUGAGGAUAAAAUAGAGUGCAUUAUGAGGUCUAGUACUGGGGUCCCAUUCCAAAGCCUUGAAAGGUUGCAACUGUGUGACUUGCCAAAUUUAAUUGGUCUCUUCAAGUGGGAAGCAGUUGCAACUCUUCCACCUGGCACAUUUUCCUCGCUCAAAAGUUUGAGUAUUAAACGUUGUGAUAAAAUCAAGAAGCUUUUCCCUCGGAGUUUGGUACGUAAUUUCCAUAACCUCCAAUCAUUAGCUGUUUUUUAUUGUUAUCAAAUGGAGGAGAUAAUAGAAGAUGACAACAAUGAAGGAGCUGAUAUCACAUUGCCAAUGUUAGAGGACGAACAACGGUCUAGUACUGGGGUCCCAUUCCAAAGCCUUGUAACGUUGGAACUGUAUGAGUUGCCAAAUUUAGUUGGUCUCUUCAAGUGGAAAGCAGUUGCACCUCUUCCACCUGGCGCAUUUUCCUCGCUCGAAAGGUUGGAUAUUUCACAUUGUCAUAAAAUCAAGAAACUUUUCCCUCAGAGUUUGGUACAUAAUUUUCAUAACCUCCAAUCAUUAAGUGUCAGUUGGUGUUAUCAAAUGGAGGAGAUAAUAGAAGAUGACAACAAUGAAGGAGCUGAUAUCACAUUGCCAAUGUUAAAGAAAUUGGAACUAUUAUUUUUGCUACGACUAAAAAGUAUCUGCAAGGGAAAGAUGAUUUGUGAUUCCAUUGACCGCAUUAAUUUGUGGAGCACUAAAAAUUUAAAGGAAUUGCCUUUAAAUUUACCGCUUCUCCAUGGACAACUGUCUCCUCCCCCAUGUCUUAAAUCAAUCAGCAUAAAGAAAGAAUUGUGGGAAUCAUUGGAGUGGGCCGAUCACAAUGCCAAAAAUGUCCUUCAACCCUUGGUUUCUUUUGAGAAUCCGUUUGCUAUCUGA